GGACCUGGCAACUCCUCUUAGUCGAGCUUCUUUUUCAUAUCAGGUGGAUGUACUCCUCUGCUGUCUCCUGCUUUGUUGGCCGCCUCAAUUUUGCGUACUCUGGAGUGUGUUAAGUCGACCGUUUGCUCUUGAGAGAAGCAGGACACGCACAUAACACAUUUGGGAAGGCCCGGCCAGACCGGCUUUCCCCCUAGGACGUCUACGAGUCCUUCAAGAUUAAUACUCAGCCAUCAUUGUCGGACCCAUCUCCACAAUGGUACCUGUCAGCACCCACAACACAAGCACCUAUGCUGCUCCAGCAGAACCCCAAUCUGAGGGGGACCCUCGUAAAAAACGAGACUGGGUCUCCCUUCAGCUUCAAACUGGAAACUGCUGCAAACAGGACCACUGCCAAGCCUACAUGGGUGCCCAGGCAGAGUGGAGAAAGGGCCGACUUCAUUGCUCAGGAACUGGGCUUGGUAUCUACCUCUACCACCAUCCCUUCGACUGAACUGCACCUUCUAGAUGACAAGAUGAUUGACUGGGGUCAGAAUGACAGUGGUGUCUACCUCAAUGGUUUUGUAAGCCAUGUUGAAGACUCCGUUUGUGAUCCUCCAACAGGCACCUUAACUGCUGCGAUUUUUGAUGCGCAGCUUGACUUGGAAAUGGGACUGGGUGAUAUGUUGCAGUUGCCCUCUCCUCCAGGGUCACCAUCCAUACCCCCAAGCAUGACUGUCAUGAUGAACAGUGUCCUUCCCUCUGAGCGGCCCUUCUCUCCCUCAGAAUUCCUCCACAAACCAGCACCAUCACCUCAGCCUCAGCUGUGGGACAGUGACAUCUCACCAGAGGAGAACAAGACUAUUGAUGAGAUAUUAACAAGUGCCUCAGAUGAAGUGAAGUGGGACUACAGUCUGAUUGACUUGGAGCUGUUCAGUCAAGAUGGGCCAGACACACUGGAGUGUUUGGUGCAGGAGUGUGGCAUUGAGGAGGAGACUAAGGAGAAAGGCAACUUCCAUCUUGAAGAAAAUGGGCAUGACAUCUUGCCCACUGCCACAACCCAACAGGCUGUCACUGCACCCCAGCCACCAAGGCACAAGAGGGAUAGUGUGGGGCCAGUGAGGAUUCGAAAGGAGAGAAGAGUCAGCAGGAGGCCAGCUAGAUUUAGGGAUAAUGUUCAUUUGGAUGAAGAUAUGGAUACACUGACCGCCACUGAAGCCUCGGCAAGUGUCGAUUCACUGGCAUCCACAUCUGACACCACCCCAACAGGAAGAAAUUGCGUUGAAGAGCUGUCCUACGAGGAAAAGUACAUUAGGUCACGCCAGCAGAACAACUUAGCCUCCAAGCGCUGCAGAGAGAAGAGGAAAGCAAAGUACCAGGAAAUGGGCGAGGAACUGAAGACACUUGAGGAAAGAAACAACAUCCUCAAAGACAAGGUGGCUAAGCUGACAUCAUUACGGGACCAAUUCAAAAAGUUUGUUAAUGAGGCCUUUAUUAGAACAAUGACAGGGAAUAAAACACAUGGUGAUAUGGUUAAUAUUUUAUAAACUGAAUAAUGGAGACAUCUGGGUGUUGAAAUAUAAGAUCAUAAAGUAUAACAACAAGUAAUGGCUGUCCUGUAUCAGUAUGUAAUAUGUAGUAGGAAGGUUAAACUGCUUUAUAUUAAUUGAUAUCAUAUUGGCUGGUUUCAUAAACUUACUGCUUCAUAAUGUCUUAUGGGUAAGGUUUGUAUAAUACAGUUUAACACAAUGAAUGCUCGCAUUCACGUUUUCAUUAUGAUGUAGGACAUGGAUUUUAUUAUCUACAUUUUUAGACUCGUGUUAUUACUACAGAAGUUAAAUAAUAAGUUUAAUCAUAUAUGUUUUGAAAUUGUCAUUUGUAAUAUGAACAUAAGUAUUUAAAGAAGGCAUGGUUAAGAUUACCAGAAUUUAGUUUUAAGUAUAGAGGAAAAAUAUAAUGCAUGUGAUUAUACUGCCAAGACAUACAAUGCUUAAAACCAUGUUGUCAUUUACUAUAGAAAACUAAUGAGAUCUGAAAAUAAAGGUAUGAAUUUG